UGCGAAAAAUCGGCUCGUGCGGUGUUGAACUUUAGUAUUUGCAAAUAAACGUAAAGUAUAAGUUAAAGACAAUGAAUUCCAUUCGCAUAGCAUUACAGAAAAAUGUGCACCAGCUACGAAAAUUCCACAAAUGCAUGGCAGUGUGUCAAAAUGAAGUAUCUGCUUCAAUGGCGGACAAAAUGACAAUUCCAGUUCCUGAAGGUGUGGAUAAGCCAGUGAGUGCUAAGAUCGACAAAAUAGCACAAGAUAUUACAGGAUUAACGCUGAUUGAGGUUGCAGAGCUCAGUGAUGUUCUGAAAAAGCGAUUAAAUCUCCCAGAUGCACCUAUUAUGCCAGUGGGCGGAUUUGCAGCUGCUCCAAAACAAGAAGAUGAUGAACCUGAAGCUCCAAAGGCUGUGCAAAGUGCAUUUACUGUUAAGCUCGUCAAGUUUGAGGACAGCAAAAAAGUAGCGCUCAUUAAGGAAAUUAAGAACCUUCUUCCUGGAACAAAUCUCGUUCAGGCGAAGAAAUUCGUUGAGAGUGUUCCUGUUGUUGUAAAGGCUGACCUACCAAAGGACGAAGCUGAGAACUUAAAAGAGGCGUUAAUCAAAGUUGGUGGUGUAAUCGAAAUUUCAUAAGUAGCACUUUAGUUUUGUUUACACACAUUUUAUUGUAUCGGUGUUUA